AUGUCGUUAUUCAAACCUGCCGAUGGAAUAAUGAAGACUAACGUCACAUGGGACGAUCUCCAGGAGAGCGUGUUUGAGGCAUUUGGAGCAGAAGCGAAAUUCGGACCAAACAGAGAAGUCAAAGAUGUCGGAUGUGGCAAUGGGUUCAUGUCAAGAAUAUGCUUGGUGUCACCGGAUUGGAACACUAAAAAGGACGGUCUACCACAGAAAUUGAUCAUAUCCUCGCAAUUGCCAUUGCUUGAAUGCCAAGGAUUCGAUGAGACUGGUCAUUUCCAUAGCGAGGAAUUCGCUAAAAAAUUCGAAGAGGAUGUGAAGAAGGUAACAUACGUUUUGUUGUUCUUUUAG